AUGUAUAACUUGAGCUGCUACACCCCCAGUUCCUUCAUCCUUAUUGGAAUACCUGGCCUGGAGAAGUUCCACAUCUGGAUUGGGAUUCCCUUUUGUCUCAUCAAUAGUGUGGCUAUUGUGGGCAACUGCAUCCUCCUCUACCUCAUUGCAGUUGAUCACAGCCUCCACGAGCCCAUGUUUUUCUUCCUCUCUAUGCUGGCUGCCACGGACCUCAUCUUGUCCACUGCCACAGUGCCCAAACUGCUCAGUAACCUCUGGCUUGGCUCCCAGGAAAUAACCUUCUCUGGUUGUCUCACUCAGAUGUUCUUCCUCCACUUCAGCUUUGUAGUGGACUCAGCCAUCCUGUUGGCUAUGGCUUUUGAUCGCUAUGUGGCCAUCUGCUUCCCCUUGAGAUACACUACCAUCCUGACUCCGCAGGUGAUCAUUAAGCUUGUGGUGAGCAUUGUUGUGAGGAGCUUCUCUGUCAUCCUGCCAGAUGUUUUUCUACUGAAGCGGUUACCCUUCUGUGGGACACGUAUCAUCCCACACACGUACUGUGAGCAUAUAGGUGUUGCUCGGCUUUCCUCUGCUGACAUCUCCAUCAACAUCUGGUAUGGAUUUGCUGUGCCUCUCAUGACUGUCAUCUCAGAUGUGAUUUUUAUUGCUGCCUCCCCUUCAUCCUUCAUCCUCCACGCUGUCUUUCAACUCUCAUCUCAGGGUGCCCGCCAAAAGGCCCUCAGCACCUGUGGCUCCCAUGUCUGUGUUAUCCUCAUGUUUUACACACCGGCCUUCUUCUCCAUCCUUGCUCAUCGCUUUGGGCACAAUGUCCCGCGAAAUGUGCUCAUCCUAUUUGCUAACCUCUAUGUGGCCAUCCCUUCUGCUCUAAAUCCUGUUGUUUAUGGAGCGAAGACCCAGCAGAUCCAGGACAAAUUUAUUCUCCUCUUCUCUUUGAACAAGACACAACGAGUGAGGAGGGCCACUGAAGGAGAAAUUUAG